AUGGUAUCAGAGGAAGACUUGGCAGAAAGUGGCACCUCUUCUCCUGCUACCAGCACCAGCCAGGUGUCCCGGGCUGCAUGUCCAGGUACUUUGGAGAACUUAAGGUGUCCAAUCUGCCAGGCUCCCAUGAAUGACCGAGCCUCCGUGAGCUGGCGUCGGCACCCUUUCUGUUUUUACUGCAUGGUGGAGUGGUUCCACAGAAAAGUGGACGGCCUGGUACACCAGUCACUUUUCCAACAUGCAUUCCACACAGUGGGAGACAGUAACUCUGAGGUGCAGUCCAUCAGGGAGUCCAUCAGCUCUGCCAGCCAUUCUCUAGGAGAGCAAGCUGAGUCCUGCUCUGCAGAAAGAUGUCAGCAUCAUUCCUCAGGACACCAGCACUGUAAGUCUUACAGCAGAUGCUGUGGUGGUAGCCGUGGUGGCAGCCGUGGUGGCAGCCGUGGUGGCAGCCGUGGUGGCAGCCGUGGCAGGGCCCAACAGAAGAGCCAAAGCAGGUGUCCAAGGAGGCAUCACGAUGGCCGUGCCAGGGUCAAGAAGACUCAGGGCUACAACCACUCAAGCAGCAGGAGACGACGGCAAAGCAGGGCUCAAAACACUGCUCAUGACAAGGGCCAAGCUCCAAGGACUAGACGGCACGUCCGUGCCCUCUCAAGGAGGCGUAAGCGCCGUCAGCAAGAAUACCAGGUUUCUUUCAUAGAACCGAGGGCAAAAAGGAGCCGAUCUCGGCAGAGGUCACACAGCUCUGCCAGCCAAACAUUGAGGGAACAUCUAAAGAAGAUGGAACGUGAUGAAGGACGAGCUCUAAAGCAUGACUGGUACAUCCGUGCCUCUUCAGGGAGGAGCAGGCGCCAACAGCAGCAGCACCGGGUUUCUUACAGAGAACCACAGGUGACAAGGAGUCGAACCCCACGGAGGGUCCGCAGCACGAUGCCCCUGAGGAAGAAUCCAAGGAGGAUGGAAUGCUACGAGAGACAGCCUUUAAGGAUUGAACAUACCUCCACAAGGAGGAGUGAGCACUUUCAGCAAGGAAGCCAAGUUUCUUUUGUCAAACCACAGGUGACAAGCCAAUCCCGGGGGAGGUCCCGCAGCACACGGCACCAAACACAGCAGGAGAGUCAAAGGAGGAUGGAAUGUGAUGAGGGACAAGCUCUAAGACCCGAAGGGGACAUCCCAAGCUCCUCGGGGUGGAGUGAGCGCCAUCAGCGGGGGCGCCGGAUUUCUUUCACUGAACCAUAG